CAAGGCCCACCUACCGUAGCUGGUGUCUUCUUGAGAUCUUUCAGCCUUGGAAACAUUUGGACUUUGUAAUCUUCCUUGUUCAACAACAAUCACAUCCAAAAGAGCGAACCACCCCACUUGAUCUUCGCAUCGCGAAUUCGUCAAAAUAACGCCGCUCUUUCAAUUUUUUCUGCAUACAUCUAUAUCCACAUUAAACCACGUCACCACAGCGAGUCGCGCUGUGUUCUUGUCACGAUGGAGUACGACCACAUGAUGGAUGGCGACUUCAAAGAUGACUUUGGACCCAAGGUGCAAGUGUCUGCGGUUGACGAAAUUCAUGUCGAUUUCGAGCUGAGUAACGUCGACCUGUCGCUUGCCAAUGGUCUCCGUCGCGUCAUGCAUGCGGAAGUUCCCACCGUUGCUAUCGAUCUAGUCGAGAUUGAAGUCAACAGCUCUGUUCUUGCCGAUGAAUUUAUCUCCCACCGACUCGGACUUAUUCCUCUCAACUCGAGCAAUAUCGAUCAACUCAACUACUCGCGAGAUUGUGACUGUGACCAGCACUGUGAACGAUGCAGUAUUAUUCUCGAUCUACAUGCGAAGUGCACUACGGACGAUAUUAUGAAGGUCUAUGCUAGAGAUUUGUUGGCUCGUAGUGAGAGACCUAACAAUCUUAUUGGCAACCCUGUCAUCACCGACCCAGAUCACCUGGGCUCAUUGAUAUGCAAGCUACGUAAAGGCCAAGAGCUCAAGCUCACCUGUAUCGCCAAGAAGGGCAUUGCGAAAGAGCACGCCAAAUGGUCUCCAACUGCUGCCAUUGGCUUCGAAUAUGACCCUCACAACAAUCUUCACCACAUCGAUCUCUGGCACGAGGACCCGGAGAAUGUCCAAGCCGAAUGGCCGAAGUCGAAAUACGCGGAGCUCGAAGAACCCCUCGGUGAUAAUGAAGUCUUCGACUACGAUGCAGUUCCGUCACGAUUCUACUUUGAGGUUGAGGGCAUUGGCAACAUAUCUUCUGAUACUAUUGUUUUAGAGGGUGUCAAAGAGAUCCAACGUAAACUGGCCGGGCUUAUCCACGGACUUGGCGAGAGUGAUGGCAUGAACGGUGAUUAUGAUGGCCCCCGAAGCCCCGAUGCGAUGGAUGGAGGCGCGAACUACUUAGACCAAGGCUAUACCACUCCUUACGGUAACACCGGAGGUACUAGCGCUUGGGGUGGUGGCGCAACGGCUUAUGGAACGACGCCGUAUGGCAACUCUGGCUCGAGCGGAUGGAAUUAAGUGACAGGCUUACCUUGGAUGAAUUC